GGUAUUAUGAUUUACAAAGGAACCUUUGGUAUAGGAGCAAAUAUUGAUGUUUGUCCUAGUCACCUUUGUGAUGUCAAGGCAGCCUUCCUUGUAGGGUCCUUGGAUGACCUUUGGUAUGAAUGGAAAGUCAAGGGAUUCCUCAAAAAUCCACGCUUAACAGUAGAAUAUGUCCAUGACAUAGAGCCAUUAGAGUGCCAGUUGUCA